AUGAUGAAGCUUUUACAUCAACAAGGAAGGAGUUGGGAAGAAUUUUGGCAUCCACCAGAAUUGCUCGAUGUUUAUGGAUUAGGCGAGGAAUUGCUCGUGCAAAAAUGGUUGCCAAAAUUGAGUUCAGAUCCAAUGCAAUCCACUGAAAAGUGCUCUCAAGACUUGCAAAUGCUCAACGAUUCGCUCACAAAAAUAUUUGAUGGCUCAUUGCUCAAUAAAACUGCCGUUUUGAAUGAUUUUGAUAAAACGGUUACACUACCUUUAAUCGACUCACAGGGAUCGCUAAAUGGAGGCCUUUUAACUGGGCAUACAUCUUAUUAUGGUCGUUGGGGUGAAUGCCGAAAAAUCAAUUAUAAACUCUCAAAUGGAAACGUUUGGAGAGGAGAAAUUUUUAGAUUCUUUAUCGGAUCCCUCAAUCAAACUACAAAUCGAUGUGCAAAAGCAAUUUUGGGAAUCGAUAUUUGUUUGCCAAAAUCGUGCACUGCUUUCGAGAUAAAGAGGCGAAUACAAGCCACAAAAAUCCCACUUCUCUCAAAUCCGAUCUGUGAUGUAGCAAACAAUGAUUCAGCAAGAACAAAUCAAGUCGACACUGGCACCUACAUUGUUGCAAUUUUUGUCUUCUUCGUUCUCGGCUUUGGCAUAAUCUCCGGUUUUGUUGAUUAUUUUCUCUACAAUGAUCUUAAAGAUUUUGUGACUAUUGAUGAAGAAAAUAUUUAUUGGAAGAUCUUCUUUGCUUUUUCACUUUAUCGAAACACAAAGGGAAUUUUUAGCACAAAGGGAUUGAAUAAGGCUGGCCAAAUCGGGCCACUUCAUUGCAUGCGUUUCUUCUCGAUGUGUUGGGUCAUAAUGGGUCACGUGAACGAGUUUCUUCUCGCUUUAGUCACCAAUCCACUGGAAGUGAUGAAAGUCGUGGGAAAUUUGGAAUUCGAAUUUCUCACAAACGCCUACUUCUCUGUGGACACAUUUUUCUUUAUUGGUGGUGUACUCCUUUCUUUCAUUUGGUUCAAAGAAUUGAAGAAAAAUCGAAGAAAUGUGAUUUCAUCUCGUGGAUGGAUCAUGUUCUAUGUACAUCGAGUGUUGAGUUACGGUCCACACGAUCCUUGCCGAAAAACAUGGUGGGCAGCUAUGCUCUACGUGGAAAACUUUAUCCAUUACACUCAUCAUUGUUACACACCGUCUUGGUAUCUUGCUACUGAUAUGCAAAUGUACGUCUUCACUCCAUUGUUGCUCAUCCCAUUCACCUAUUCGGCGAUAACCGGCAUCCUUGUCUCGAUCUCUGUAAUUGUUUUAUCAACAAUUGCUCACAUCAUCACAAUUUAUCGCUUCCAUUAUCCGCCUGGAUCAUUCCAAGCACCAGGAAUCUAUGAGGAUCCAAAGGAGUCACACAUGGCCGAAUAUGCAAUGUAUAUCUACAAUGCUCCAUGGAUUCGAUGUCAAGUUUAUAUCAUUGGAAUCCUUGUCGGUUACUUGCUGCAAACGAGAAAGCUCAGAAUCAAUAGAUUCUUGAAUCUCAUCAUGUGGGGAUGUGCAGCAGCAUUGAUGUUGACAGCAGCUCUAGGAUUACAUCAUUACAAUAAUGGAUGGAAAAUGCCAACAUUUUGGCGAGCGAUGUACUCGGCUUUCUCUCGGCCUUGCUGGGGACUUGGACUUGCUUGGAUCACCAUUUCUUCAUUUUAUGGAUCAGGAAGCAUCAUCAACACAUUCAUGUCAUGGCCUGGAUGGGCUCCAUUGAGUCGUUUAACUUAUUGUGCCUAUUUGAUUCAUUUAAUGGUUAUUUAUUAUGUAUUUUCGAUACACAAUCGAGAAAUUAUUUGGAAUUCGUAUUUGGAUGUGUUUCUCAAUUUUGCCGUUCCAUCCAUUGUUAUCACCUAUCUCAUCGCGAUCUUGUGGAGUUCUUGCUUUGAGAUCUCCGUCGGGAAGCUGGAAAUGUUACUUUUCGGAGGAGUCAGGCGGCGACCCGUUGCAGAAAUUGCAGUUGAAAAGGAAAAUCCAUCAAAACAACUGAAUGUCGAGAAUGGAAUGAUCGAGCCUUCACAAAGCACAAAGCUCCCAAGGAAAGUGACUGAUAAUUGGACA